GAAGAACUCUGAGACUUGCCAAAGUCAUACGAACAGAUGAUGCUCUUCUUCUUUUAUGAGUUAGAUAGCAUAUGAUCUCUAGUUAUAAAUGGAAUUGUCUGUGGAGUUUCUGGUCUCUUCUUGGAUUCUCUCUCAGAUUUGUGAAGAUGGGUGAUCCAUUUGGUGGUAGAUUUGGAAAUUUUGGAGCAUUUAGAGGUAGCUUGUUUGGAGGAAGAGAUCCUUUUGAUGAUCCCUUCUUCACUAGGCCGUUUGAGGAUUUGCUCGAACCAAACACCUUUAGUUCAGGUGCUGCUUCCUUUAGUAAUAACAACAAUAAUGGUGGGAGAGGGUUAACAAUUGAAGAGUUACCAUCUGAUGAAGAAGAUGAAGGGAAAGAUAUUGGAAGUGAUGAAGAACAACAUACUGGUUCAGAGAAUCAGCCAUCUGUUGAACACCCCGAAGAUGAUUCUGAUGCUGAGAGGAGGAUUCAGAAUGUGAAUCAAAGGAGUAAAGGUGCUGAGUCUCGAGCUAAAACAUUCAGACAUCACACCUCUAAGGUUACAUAUGGUGGGAUAGAUGGUGCUUACUAUACAUCUAGUAGAACCAGAAGAGCAGGCAGUGAUGGAGUGGUGGUUGAGGAAAGCAGAGAGGCUGAUAAGACUACGGGUGAAGCUACUCAUAGGAUCUCCAGAGGAAUCAAUGAUAAGGGACAUUCGGUUACUAGGAAGCUUAAGUCGAGUGGUGGUGUAGAAUCAACACAGACUCUUCACAACCUUGAUGAAGAGGAACUAAGUGGCUUUGAAGAGGCAUGGAAAGGCAACUCAUCUCUUGCUAAUCAUGAUGAAUCCACUGACUCUGAUCAUAGUUUUGGAGGAUGGCUUCUUCCAUCUCUCGACCAAACUCGUCGCCGACCAGACCAGUUUCAGACCGGUUCAAGCCGUUCUGCACGUGGAGAUAAGAAAGUUGUCCGCAUCAACAUUGAGUAAAAUCAUGAGAAAUGUUACAUCGUGUAUGAAGAAGUUGUAGUAUCAAUAAUUUUACAUCGUGUAGACAUGUUGAUUAUGAGAAAUUAAUUUUGUUGUUUGGAUGUUUA